AGAACCUAGAAGUAAAUAAAGGAUGUGAAUGUGGAAAAGAACGGGAAUGUCCCUUCACCCCGGUUUCACAUCAGACGCGACAGCGAGAUAUGCAGGGUAAAGAGGCAAGAAUUCAAACGUCUAGUGUGUUAUUGGCGCCGCUCCAUCAGGGAGUAGGUACAGAGGGACCUGUGUAUGUUAAAGUUCCUUUUUCUCCGGGAGAUUUGGUGCUUUGGAAACAAUCCACUGGGGCUUAUGCCAAGAACAAUAAAUUGGUCAAAGUUAUAUAAUGUCAGACAGGAAAGGACAGAAUCUCCGUCCGUGUUUUUGGAGCAACUUAAAGAAGUGGCCAGGAAAUAUACGGAUCUGGAUGUAGAAACGGAACAGGCUAAGGCUCAGCUGGCUCUAAUUUUCCUAGGGCAAUCUCAGGAUGAUAUCAGGAAGAAAUUGCAGAAAUUAGAGGGUGCUGAGUUACGUGAUUUAGCUAAGCUGCUGGAAACAGCUUGGAAAGUGUAUAAUAACCGAGAAAAAGACGGUGCUCAGAGGCAGCAGCGAAAUUUAUUGGCUAUAAUACAAGGCAGAGGACAAGGUACCCCAGGUAAUAGGGGAAGAGGUAGAGGAAUAAUGCGUGGGCGAGGAAGAGGAUUUGGAACAUUUAAUAAUCCAAGGUCAGGAUCAGGCAGAUUAGGCAUUAAUCAAUGUGCCUAUUGUAAACAGGAGGGGCAUUGGAAAAAUGAAUGCCCUCAGAGACUGAAACAGAACCCGCAAUCUGGAUACUCCUUCGGGGAAUCCGAGGUGGCAAAAGCCAUGGUUCUGGGAGAAUAUGGGAGUCAGAGCUGACUAGAAUCGGAAAAGGGUGAACCACUAGUGAAAAUAAGGCUGGGGGGAGAGGAGGUACAA